GGCGGAGGCAGCAAAGCACUGUCCGUCUGGGUUCCCUUCUGGCAUGAUGCGAGUCCUCCUACUCCUCGCCUGCUUGGCGGCCCUCGGACACGCAUCGCAGUACGUCCAGCCCCAGAUCCUGCCGGCACCAAUUCCUGACAACUUCAGACCAAGCAAGGGACAUAGGCCGCUGAUCUCCCCUCCCAAGCUUCAGGUCGACCAAGACUACGGUUCUAGACGCUCCUGCUGGCGAGCAUGCCCACCCUCCUACGGCGGCAAAGCUGUCUGCUGUAGGCGUUGGGGUGCGUGCUGUUGAGGGCCGAAGGAGACACCGGAACGCCCCCAAGAAGUCCAGCCUCGAUCAGACCUCUGCUACGACUUCCCCCGACUCUGACCUGAUGGAUUACGACUUUUGGCUUUUGUGAUUCGGAGACUCGCUUUCCGCGUCCCGUUGAUUAGGUGUGAGUGUGAAAGCGUCAGUCCUUUCUUAUGCUGUGUUACUCUCGAUGCUGAAUUCCUCUUGGAUGCUGUAACUCCUCUUUGAUCUGUACUCUUCUUGAUGCUGCACUCUUCUCCUCCUCUUCGUUUUCUUUGUUGAAUUGGUGGUAUUCUUUUCAAUGGCUAACUCUUUCUUGAAUUUUGCCGUAAGUGAGUGUUUUAGCUGUCUUAAUAUUGUUGCUUCUUUUCUUCAAUGGCUAAUGUCUGUUCUUGAAGUCUGCUGUAAAUGAAUGUUAUAAUUGUCUUGAUAUCGAUAGUUCUUUUCUUCAAUUGGUAAUACUGUGAGACCGUCUUUAUAUUGGUACUUCUUUUCUUCAAUGGUUUAAUGUUUUCUUGAAUCAUGAUGUGAGUGAGUGAUUAAAAUUUCUUGACAUUG